CCAUGUGAAAAGUUUUAGCGUCGAAUUUAAGUCUUAAAACAAUAGAUUUGUAAACUCUUUUAGACUAUCUUAUAUACGGAUGUUGAACAGUACUAUAAACUCAACAUUUUGCAUCAACAUCAGCUGUGACUAAUUUCCUAGUCAUAUCCCUUCGGCUUCACCAUAUAUUAUUAAAAAACCAAAAUCUGAAACCAGAGAGAACAUAUUGCAAGAAAUGGAGCUCUGGAAAAGCCAGUAUUACUAUAUUCUAAACUAUAUUGUUCUGCUUAAUUCUGUUUUAAUAUUAUUAAGUUCAGUGAGUGCUCAGGUUUCACUUCCGUCCAAGCAAGAUGGAUUCUGGUACGUGAACAGAGUAACCAAAACAGAUUCAAUAUUGAUAGAGGCUUUCUUUGAUCCAGUGUGCCCUGACAGUAGAGAUUCAUGGCCCCCUCUCAAGCUAGCUCUCAAUCACUAUGGUUCUCACGUCUCUCUCGUUGUCCAUCCUUUUCCUUUACCAUACCAUGACAAUGCAUUUAUUAGCUCGCGAGCGUUGCACAUUAUCAAUGAGUUGAAUACUUCUGCCACAUACAGAUUACUGGAGUCUUUCUUUGGUCAACAGGAAAAGUUUUAUGGCAAAGCAACUUUCAACAUGUCCAAAGCAUCUGUGGUAGAUAAAAUCACAAAGUUUACGUCCAAUGCAGUCGGGAAUUCGAAUUAUGCUGCUAUAAAAGCUGGAUUUACUGACCCGAAAACUGAUCAAGCAACAAGAAUUUCCUUCAAGUAUGGUUGUGUGAAAGGCGUAUACGGGACACCAUUUUUCUUUGUGAAUGGGUUUCCACUGCCUGAUGCUGGCUCACCACUGGAUUACAAAGCAUGGAGAAAUAUCCUUGACCCAUUGGUUUCACCAGCAGGACAACUGGAGGGCUGAACCUUUGCGUUUCUUCUUGUGAAUCACUGAUCUUUAUGUCUAUGGUUGUGUCUGUACUCUCAUUACCUAAUGGUGCAAUUUUCUAGUGUUUCAUCUCCCUAUACUUUGAAGUUGUCUCGAGUUCCAUCUAAUAUAGCAACUUUUCCAAUCGUGAUCAGGAGGCCAAUAUCUGUGAAUUUCUUAAGUUAUAAACAUCUCUUUUUUCGAUUUGGAAUAAUGCUAACCAUCAAGCUAUGUUUUGUCCU